AUGGAGGCGAUCGCGACGCCAUCUCUGCGCGCCGCCGCGCCGAGAGUCGCGCCCCCGGGCCAAUGGCACGGCGGCGGACGGCCGGGGCUGCGUGCGGCCGUGCGGUGCGGCGGUGCUGCCUCGGAACGUCCGCUCGUCAGGAGAUUGCCACGUGCCAGACUCCCAUUGGUGUGUGCCCCUUCUCCGCAACGCGUUUCAUGGGACGCCAACCACCGAAUUUUUGGCAGCGGCAGCAGCAGCAGACGACAGGCAGGAAAGGCGCGGGCGGAGGGGAGGGGAAAAUACGAGAAAGCGGGGUAUGCGAGCUACGGAGAGUGGGACCCGCGCGCGGGGACAGGCGCGGAGGGGGAGGCGGAGGAGGCGGAGGGCGAGGGGGAGGGCGAGAUGACCGCGGGAAUGGGGGCGGGGGAGGUUGAUGACAGGGGGUGGCGGACGGCGGAGGAGGUUCGGCGGGAGGUGGAGGCGCGGAGGCGCGCGGAGGCGGAGGCGGAGGCAGUGCGCGCGGCAGUGGAGGAGUAUAGAGACGCGGAGGAGUUCCUUAUAACGGAUAUAAAGGAGUCCGCGAAUCCCAACUACCUGGCGUCGCACCAGUCGUACCCCUCCCCCUUCAUCUACAUCCGCCCCGUCUGCUCGCGCCCCAACGAGGGCGAGCGCUUCCCCCGCGCGCGCAACCUGCUGGUGGGCGAGGCGGACCCGCUGGAGCGCGUGCGCGCGCACAUUGCGCGCGCGGAGGGGCGCGAGUACGUGCCUGUGGGCAUGGGGGAUGGCGGAGAGGGAAGCGGGGACGAGGACGAGGAGGAAGAGUGGGGGGAGGGGGACGAAGCGGAGGAGGAAGAUGAGGGAGAGGAGGAGGGGGGGGACGAGGAGGGGGGGUUGGCGCGCAGUGGGGGGGGCGGGCGGUUCUGGGAGGAGGAGGAGGACGAGGCGUGGGAGGCGGAGAGCGCGGCGCUGAGGGGGCUGAGCGGGUGGGCGCGCAUGCGAGCAGCGUGGGCGCUGGAGGACCGCGAGAGAGAGGCUGCUGCCGCCACUGCUGUUGCUGGUGCUGCUGCAGGGGAGACGCAGGGGGUCGCAGAGGGGCAGGCUGUGGCGCUAGGGAAGGGGGCUGCGGGGGAAGUGGGCGCGUGGGCGCGGGGGGAGGCGUUUGUGGGGGAGGUGGCGGCGUUGGAGGUGGCGGGCUCAGAGGAGGUGUGGUGGAACUGGCAGAAGAACGAGGGCGAGCAGCAGAUCUGGACCGCCUGGCAGAAGGAGGCCGCCACCACCGAUGCGGCGAUGGCGCUAGCAGCAGCGGAGGCGGGGCACAUACGGCUGCACGGCGACAAGCCCACCACGGCAGAGGCUGUGCUUGCUAGGGUGCGCCGCAAGCCACUUGCCGAUGAGAGGCUAGCGAAGGAGGAGGAGCUGAGGGAGCGGCUGGGCGACCUGGCAUACUACCAGGAGUGGGUGGCGGCAUGGCCUCAUGACACGUCACUCAAGGCCGUGCGGCGCAUGGCGAGGGAGACAGGGCGGCCCAUGGAGCACCAGCUGCUCGACAUGCUCGCCAUGCAGACCCAGCGCGAGUACAACGCCAUGAGUGGGAGGGACGUGCGGCUGCAGAAGGACCCGCUGGCCAUUCGCAUGGACAAGAAGCAGUGCAAGCGCGUGUGGGGCGGCGACCCUGUGUACCCCACGGUGAACUACGAGCAGGCGCCCGACCACGUGGUGGACUACCGCGGCCCCAACUUCCACGAGCCCAGCGAGGACCCCUUCAGCGUCGUGCGCCAGCAAGGCAGGGUGGUGACGCAGGAGCAGAUGGAGGCCAUCAUGGCGCGCGAGCAGGAGGAGGAGGAGGCGUUCCUGCAAGAGCUGGAGGAGACCGGAGAGGACGCCGUUGAUAUUGGCGAGGAGGAGGAGGAUGAGGAAGAGGAGGAGGAAGAGGAAGAGGAAGAGGACGAGAUCAGACUCUCCACAUGCGGAUUUCUUUCUGUCUCAAUCCAUCUCACUGUGUCGCCAACCGCGCUUCCCACCCGUCCCGUCCCGUGCCUCCUUCUUUCUCAGAUAUCGGAGGACGAUGAUUCGGACAAGGGCCAGCAGGCACAGGCAUCAUCACACGGGCACGCAGUGCGGGAGGGGCGGGGGAGGCGGCCGGCGGAGAUCCUGGAGGAGGAUGAGCAGACGGGCAUGCAGUGGGUGGCCGUGCCCACCCGCAUGGAGGGCACGCCGGGGCGACUUGCUUACGAGGAGGACAGCGAGGGGAUGAGUGAGGAGGAGGAUGAGAGGGGGGAUGCUGCUGCUGGUAGUGCAGGUGGUGGUGCUCCUAGAGGGGGCAUCUAA